AUGGCGGCGCACGUUUGCUCCGGGCCUGGAAGAGGAGCCGAAGCCAGGAGCGAUGGAGGGGGAGCAGCUAUUGAGCAUCCCUGCUAACGAGGGAUGGCCCCGGGCUCGCAGAGGGUGCUGGAUAAGACGUCGCCCGUCCGCAAGAGCAGCCUGCGGACAGACGAUACCUUCGAGAGCAUCAGCGAGCUGGGGAGCCUGGAGCUGAUGAGCAGAGACCUGGGCUUGGCCCCCUAUGGCCCCUUGAAGAAAUCCAUCUCGGCCGACUCGCUCAGCUCCAUCUCCUCCAUUGGGAACAACUUUGGGCAGGAUUUCACGGUGGGGCAGGUGGAGGUGUCCAUGGAGUAUGACGGGAAGGCAGCCACCUUGCACGUGACGCUGCUGCAGGGCAAGGACCUGCUGGAGAAGGAGGACGCUCGCUUCGAGUCCUGCUUCAUGCGCAUCAGCCUGCUCCCGCCUGAGCAGAUCGUCGGCAUCUCCCGGAUCCAGCGGAGCGCCUACGCCGUGGCCUUUGACGAGCACUUCUCCAUCCCGCUGGACCCGUCGGCGCUGGAGGAGAACAGCCUGCGCUUCUCCGUCUUUGGCAUCGACGAGGACGAGAGGAACGUCAGCACUGGCGUGGCCGAGCUCAAGCUCUCUGACCUAGACCUGGCCAUGCGUCCCUUCAGCGCCUGGCUCUACCUGCAGGACAUGAACAAGGCGGUGGACACGGUAGGGGAGAUCCUGCUCUCCCUGAGCUACCUGCCCACAGCUGAGCGCCUGACGGUGGUGGUGGUCAAAGCCAAGAACCUUGUGUGGACCAAUGGCAAAGUGACCGCAGAUCCCUUCAUCAAGGUGUACCUGCUGCAGGAUGGGAGGAAGAUCAGCAAGAAGAAGACAGCGGUGAAGAGGGACGACGCCAACCCCGUGUUCAACGAGGCCAUGAUUUUCUCGGUGCCGGCCAUCGUGCUCCAGGACCUGUCCCUGCGGGUGACGGUGGCUGAGUGCGGUGAGGACGGCCGCGCCGACAACACAGGCCAUGUCCUCAUUGGCCCGGCGGCCAGCGGGAUGGGCAUCACGCACUGGAACCAGAUGCUGGCCACGCUGAGGAAGCCUGUCUCCAUGUGGCACCCGCUCCGGCGAAACUAGGCUGCUG